AUGCACGCCAACGGCAGCAGCUCGAAAGUGCCAGCUCCUGGGGUCUGGGCUCCAGCAAUCACAUUCUUCGACCCUACGACGGAUGAUCUCGACCUCGACUCCCAAAAAGCAUACUACAAGUAUCUGUCGCAAACCGGUCUCACAGGACUAGUAAUUCUGGGCACGAAUGCUGAAACGUUCCUCCUCACACGAACCGAGCGCGCGUCCCUUCUUAGAUGCGCGCGCGAGGCUGUGGGUUCUCAGUAUCCCAUCAUGGCUGGUGUGGGUGGCCACUCGACAAAGCAGGUACUGGAAUACAUAGCCGAUGCAGCCGAUGCAGGAGCGGAUUAUGUUCUCGUCCUGCCACCAGGCUACUUCGGACCUGCAACCACAGAGAUUGUGGUUCGGAACUUUUACGCUCAGGUCGCAGAAGCUUCUUCACUACCAAUCGUGCUAUACAACUUCCCAGGUGUCUGUAAUGGCGUUGAUCUUUCGUCAUCUCUGAUCGCAGAGCUGGCAAACACGCAUGCCAACAUCGUUGGCGUCAAGUUGACCUGCGGCAGCGUAGGCAAAAUCACAAGAUUGGCCGCACAACUUCCUGCCUCUCGUUUCAGCAUCUAUGGUGGACAAUCUGAUUUCCUCAUCGGUGGACUAAGUGUGGGGAGUGCUGGUUGUAUCGCAGCUUUUGCGAAUGUGUUCCCAAAGACAUUGAGCCAGAUCUACAGGCUCUGGAUCGAAGGAAAGCACGAAGAAGCUCUGAGAUUGCAUCGGGUGGCCAGUCUGGCAGAGGAACCUUGCAAAGCAGGUAUCGCAAGUACAAAGUAUGCAGCGAGCGUGUUUUCGGCUCCGAAGGCUGGAAUUCAGGAUGCCGAGGUCAAGCUGAGACCUCGCCAGCCAUACCCUGCGGCAGGAGAAGCAGUGCAGAAGAAGAUUCGCGAGACUAUGGCGGAGAUGAGUAAAUUGGAAGGCUAA